AAAUCACUUAAUCCCUCUUGUGUAGAACGGUAGAACCUCCCUCUUGAACUCUGGUUUGCGUUUGCGUUUGCGUUUUAUCAUCAUCCUUCAAAGAAAUGGCAAACGAUGAAGAAUCCAAGCUCCAACGAUUCCUUCAAUGGUUACAGUUCAACGGCGCCGAACUACGUGGCUGCGAGAUCAAAUACUGCGAUUCAACCAAAGGUUUCGGCGUCAUCUCUGAAAACAACGUCUCCGACGGGAUUCUCCUAGUGGUUCCACUUGAUUUAUCUAUAACACCAACUAGAGUCCUGCAAGAUCCUAUACUCGGACCUGAUUGUAGAUCAAUGUUUGAGAAUGGCGAAAUAGAUGAUAGGUUAUUGAUCAUGUUGUUUUUAACAGUUGAACGGAUUAGAGAGAAUUCUGUUUGGAAACCGUAUCUUGAUGUACUUCCAACUAGUUUUGGAACUCCACUUUGGUUUAAUGAUGAUGAACUGAUAGAGCUUAAAGGAACAGCACUUCAUCGAGCAACCGAGCUUCAGAGGAAAAGCUUGCGCGCUUUGUUUGAUGAUAAAGUGAAGAAUUUGGUGGAAAAGAUUUUGGGUCGUGAUGGAGAUUCUAAAAGAAGUGUUUGCUUUGAUGACUUUCUCUGGGCGAAUUCCAUAUUCUGGUCUCGUGCUUUAAGUAUUCCCCUUCCGCGUUCAUAUGCAUUUCCACAAGUGGUUGAGGAUCAAAGUUCUGACAUCCCUAGUGGUGGUAAUAUAAACGCCGAAUCAUCACCUACCAGUAACCAUGAAGAGAGUAUGUCAUGAACUACUGUUGCGGAUGUGAUACAAGAUGAGACUACUUGUGUUGAGGGUCUUGUACCCGGAAUUGAUUUUUGCAACCAUGAUUUAAAGGCUGCAGCAACAUGGGAAGUUGACAACUCUGGCUCAGCAACAGGAGUUAGAAACUCAAUGUAUCUUCUUUCUGCUAGACAGAAUGGCAUGCAAGAUAAGGAAGAAAUAUCUAUUAGCUAUGGUAACAAAGGGAAUGAGGAGCUUCUUUACUUGUACGGAUUUGUAAUUGAUGAGAACCCAGAUGAUUAUCUCAUGGUUCAUUACCCAGCUGACGCAAUUCAAAAAGUUGCAUUUGCCGAAUCCAAAACACAACUUCUUGAAGCACAGAAGGGCGACCUAAAAUGCCUUUUGCCUAGAAGUUUACUUGAGCAAGGCUUCUUUCCCUCGAGCGAUCCAGAGAAAGGUGGAAAGAAGUUGAUUGAACAGAAAUCUAGCAAUUAUAGUUGGAGUGGGCAGCGGAAGAUACCAUCUUAUCUGAAUAAACUUGUUUUUCCCGACGAUUUCCUAACUUCCUUGAGGACCAUCGUCAUGCAGGAAGACGAGCUUUACCAGGUUUCGUCAAUGUUACAUGAGCUUGUUGGCUCUGAUGAGGAGAGACAACCGUCGGACAUUGAUGUUCGAGCCGCAAUAUGGGAAGUAUGUGGGGAUUCCGGAGCUUUUCAAUUACUCGUGGAUCUCCUCAAUAUGAAGAUGAUGGAUUUGGAAGAAGGUUCUGGAACAGAAGAUCAUGACUGUGAACUCCUACUUGAGAAUGAGAAUGAGAUUUCAACUAGCAUAGAUUUCUUCUAAACGAUUAUGAUGAAUAGAAACAGGCGAUCGAGUAUUGCUUAUAGACGUGGUCAGAAGGAGCUUGCCCGACGUUUCUUGAAGGAAGCAGAACAUGCCUUGCAGUUAGCGUUAACCGAGGCAUAAAGAUGUGGAAUUCAUGUGUGUUUUUUUAUCUUGCGAAUCAUGAGAUCCAAUCGGAAGAUGAGAAUUGAAAGAACAACAGUUUUCGAUUCUUUUCAUAAUUCACAGAGCAAGAAAAGAAGAUAAGUUAUUUUGAACUUUGA